AUGGGAGAGCCAACUCACAAGCUGGAUGGCCAAUCCCUGAUAUCAACGAACCUUUCCACGCUAGCUUCCGACCUUGACUCCCUGUCACUGUCCCGAUUCGAUGAUUUGGUGUCCAGGGGAGAGCUCAUUUACGAGCCUUCCACGGCCGAGACUGCAGAAGACCAAGGGUUCAAGUUCGAGUUCCGCCUGGUUCCUCACCUCCGACGCAAGCCUAUCACACCGUCUGACGCCCCAGAGCGAAAAACAGGACAAGGCAGUAAUCCAUUUCUCAACCCAGAUCCAAAUUUUGUCAUUUCAUCCGUCGGAUCAUCUCAUCUACUGAUCUUGAAUAAGUAUUCUGUCUAUCGACCCAGCCUGCUGCUUAUCACGCGGUAUUUUGCUCCCCAAACCGAUGGCCUCGACAGAAGUAACCUGGCGGCCGCGUGGGCAGUGUUGCAGGGCUACAAACAGAGAUAUAUGAUGGUCUACAAUUGUGGCUUCGAAUCCGGAUCUAGUCAAGGGCAUAAACACAUGCAGCUUUGGCUCUACCCAGACGAACAGGAACUGGGGUUUGAACUGUUUCCGAACAAGGCUGAAUCGGAGAUCAAUGUCACCAGCGGCAUACCGAAAGUCCCACACAGACACUUUGUACUUCGACUUCCACCGAACACCGACGAAGAUAUCCUGGUUCAAGCCUACAGCAAGCUUCUGAAAGAGGUCCAACGCAGUCACCGUGAGGCUGAUGGAGGUACAGCAUACAAUGUAAUCUUGGUGAAAGAAUGGAUGUGUCUGAUCCCAAGACGACACAGUGGACUUGAGAAAGGAGCAGGCGCCAAUGCUGCCGCAGUCCUUGGGCUUGUAUGGGUGUCCAGUAAAGCCACAAAAGAUGUGUGGACAUCCAUUGGACCGGCGGAGUAUUUCAAAUAUCUUGGGAUUCCUGAAUGA